AGAAAGAAGAGGGACUCCCUUAUAGGGAUUCAUAAAGACAUAGAGCAUCUAGAGAUUUACUGCCUCCAUUACGCUGCUGGGUCUCACAGCACUUGUUAUGUUUUUAUCAGUUUCUCUCCAGAAGAGGUUGGAAACCCAAGUGCCUACAGAGGCCAGGCUGGUGGGAAUGAAGCAGGAAGCCACUUCAGUGAACUGGAGAGUCAAGUCCUUUCUGAAGGAGCAGCAGCCACUGCUCUGUUCCAGAUAAUUGUUGCAGCCCCGUUCCAGAUGAUUGUUGCAAGGCAGGAAUGUUGACCUAGUGUUACCACAUUGUCCAGUUUCUCAGGCUACAUUGUUGGAAUUUUGAAGACAUGAAAACGUCAGAUGAACCAACCUGCAGCAUCUUGAAUUCAGAUUGGAAGAUGAAGAGAAAGUUUAAAGAAUGUGGCCUAUAAAGGCGGGUAGUACCUGGAAAUAUUAACUGACUCACACCAUAAAAAUGAGACCGGUUUCUAAACAAUAGAGGUUAUUUUAAUCCAACAUCAAGGUUCAAGACAAAAUGUUGAACUAAAAACUUUACACUCCUCCCCUCCUCACUUCAGACAGGUACCAGCAUUGGUGAAUAUGAUUUUCCUUAGUCAGAAGCACUCAUUUUUACCCAUGUAGACCAUCCUGAGGAAUUAAAUAUUGGUUAUUUAAUGUAGAUUAUAAUGGGAAACUGAUUUUUUCCAUAAUGGCAGAUUUCAAGGACUUGGUUCCAAACUGAGCCGAAGCUUCCCAAUGCAUUUUGUACAGUCUGGGAAAAACUGCUGCAUUGGCCAUUUUUGAAGGCCAUCAUGCCCUGUAAUAUAAGGAUAUCAUCUUAUUGCUGAUAUCUUUGGAGAGUCCCAUGCAGACACAGAAAAUGAAUGGAGGCAAGGAGUGUGACGGAGGGGACAAGGAUGGAGGUCUUCCAGCUAUACAAGUUCCUGUGGGUUGGCAGCGUCGUGUGGAUCAAAAUGGAGUGCUUUAUGUCAGUCCCAGUGGGUCUUUGUUAUCUUGCUUGGAGCAGGUUAAAACAUACCUGCUUACUGACGGAACAUGCAAGUGUGGCCUGGAAUGUCCUCUUAUUCUUCCCAAGGUGUUUAACUUUGAUCCUGGAGCUGCUGUGAAACAAAGAACUGCAGAAGAUGUUAAGGCAGAUGAAGAUGUCACAAAGCUAUGCAUACAUAAAAGAAAAAUCAUUGCAGUGGCUACACUUCAUAAAAGCAUGGAAGCCCCACAUCCUUCUCUGGUGCUCACCAGUCCUGGAGGAGGAACAAAUGCAACUCCUAUAGUACCUUCACGGGCAGCAACUCCAAGAUCUGUAAGAAAUAAGUCACAUGAAGGAAUUAUAAAUUCUGUGAUUCCUGAAUGUAAGAAUCCUUUCAAGUUAAUGAUUGGAUCAUCAAAUGCCAUGGGAAGGCUCUAUGUACAAGAACUGCCUGGAAGCCAGCAACAAGAACUCCACCCUGUCUACCCCCGGCAGAGAUUGGGCAGCAGUGAACACGGACAGAAAUCUCCGUUUCGUGGCGGCCACGGAGGCCUGCCCAGCCCGGCAUCAUCAGGUUCCCAGAUAUAUGGAGAUGGCUCGAUCUCUCCAAGGACUGACCCACUUGGAAGCCCUGAUGUCUUCACAAGAAAUAAUCCUGGUUUUCAUGGAGCUCCCAAUUCUAGUCCUAUUCACCUGAAUAGGACUCCUCUUUCUCCACCUUCAGUAAUGCUACAUGGUUCUCCUGUACAGUCAUCCUGUGCAAUGGCUGGAAGGACUAAUAUACCUCUCUCCCCAACCUUGACUACAAAGAGUCCAGUAAUGAAAAAACCAAUGUGUAAUUUUUCAACUAAUAUGGAAAUACCACGAGCAAUGUUCCACCACAAACCACCCCAAGGCCCACCUCCCCCUCCUCCACCUUCUUGUGCUCUUCAGAAAAAGCCAUUAACAUCCGAGAAAGAUCCACUUGGCAUUCUUGACCCUAUUCCUAGUAAACCAGUGAAUCAGAACCCUGUUAUCAUUAAUCCAACUAGUUUCCAUUCAAAUGUCCACUCUCAGGUACCUGUGAUGAAUGUAAGCAUGCCUCCUGCUGUUGUUCCUUUGCCAAGUAAUCUCCCUUUGCCAACUGUAAAACCUGGUCACAUGAAUCAUGGGAGUCAUGUACAAAGAGUUCAGCAUUCAGCUUCAACCUCCCUGUCCCCUUCUCCAGUGACAUCCCCAGUGCACAUGUUGGGGGCUGGAAUUGGAAGGAUUGAAGCAUCACCCCAAAGAUCACGCUCAUCUUCCACAUCAUCAGAUCACGGAAAUUUCAUGAUGCCACCUCUAGGACCCCAGGCUACUUGUAGUGGUAUUAAGGUUCCACCCAGGUCACCAAGGUCAACAAUAGGGUCCCCAAGGCCAUCAAUGCCAUCAAGCCCUUCUACUAAGUCCGAUGGACAUCAUCAAUACAAGGAUAUCCCUAACACAUUAAUUGCUGGAAUGAGUAAUGUACUAAGUACCCCAAGCAGUGCAGCUUUUCCUACUGCAACUGCCGGAAGUGGUCCUGUAAAGAGUCAGCCUGGUUUGCUGGGAAUGCCUUUAAAUCAGAUCUUGAACCAGCACAAUGCUGCCUCCUUUCCAGCAAGUAGUUUACUCUCAGCAGCAGCCAAAGCACAGCUAGCAAAUCAAAACAAACUUGCUGGUAACAACUGUAGCGGCAGUAGCAGUUCCGGAGCUGUUGCUGGCAGUGGCAACACUGAAGGACAUAGCACUUUAAACACCAUGUUCCCGCCUGCUGCCAACAUGCUUCUCCCACCAGGGGAAGGGCAGAGUGGUCGCGCGGCACUCAGAGAUAAGCUGAUGUCUCAGCAAAAAGACUCAUUGCGGAAGAGAAAACAGCCACCUACCACAGUGUUGAGCUUGCUCAGACAGUCUCAAAUGGAUAGCUCUGCCGUUCCUAAGCCUGGACCCGACCUGCUGAGGAAGCAGGGUCAGGGUCCAUUUCCCAUCAGUUCAAUGUCUCAGUUACUACAGUCUAUGAGUUGUCAAAGCUCUCACUUGAGUAGCAAUAGUACCCCGGGUUGUGGGGGCUCAAAUACUGCUUUGCCUUGCUCUGCUAACCAGCUGCAUUUUACCGAUCCCAGUGUGAGCUCCAGUGUGCUUCAGAAUUCACUGACACAGAACAUACCGUUGAGAGGGGAAGCCGUGCACUGCCACAAUGCAAACACUAACUUUGUUCACAGUAACAGUCCAGUCCCCAACCACCAUCUUGCGGGUUUAAUAAACCAGAUUCAGGCUAGCGGGAACUGUGGGAUGCUCAGUCAGUCGGGCGUGGCUUUAGGAAACUCAUUACAUCCCAAUCCACCUCAGUCAAGAAUCUCAACGUCCUCCACACCAGGGAUACCAAACAGCAUUGUUAGCAGCUAUAAUCAAACAAGUUCUGAAGCAGGCGGCUCAGGACCAUCAUCUUCCAUAGCCAUAGCUGGCACCACCCACCCUGCCAUCACAAAGACAACCUCUGUUCUUCAGGACGGCGUCAUCGUCACCACCGCAGCUGGAAACCCAUUGCAGAGUCAGCUGCCCUUUGGGAGUGAUUUUCCUUUUGUUGGCCAGGAGCACGCACUUCAUUUUCCAUCCAACAGCACUUCAAACAACCAUCUUCCACACCCCUUGAACCCCAGCCUCCUCAGUUCUCUACCUAUCUCUUUGCCAGUGAAUCAACAGCAUCUCCUAAACCAGAAUCUAUUAAAUAUCCUCCAGCCUUCAGCAGGAGAAGGCAAGUCUGAGAUCAACCUCCACUCUUUAGGUUUUCUCAACCCGAAUGUAAACGCUGCUUUAGCUUUCCUCUCCGGUGACCUGGAUGGGCAGGCAUUGCAGCCUGUUCACGUCCAGCUCUUGGCAGCCCUGCUUCAGAACCGCGCCCAAGCAGCUGCCAUGCUUCCCCCGCCAUCUUUCAGUCUGACCAUCUCAGAUCUUUUGCAACAGCAAAAUGCCCCUUUACCCUCCUUAACACAGAUGACAGCCCCACCCGACCACUUGCCAAGCAAUCAGUCAGAGAACAGCCGAGCUGAGACCCUUUUAACCAGCCCCCUGGGGAACCCUUUACCAGGCUUUGCAGGCAGUGACGCUUUUAGCCCCCUGUUCCUCCCAGCUGUCACUGGGGCCUCAGGAUUAAUGGCCUUGAAUCCCCAGCUGUUGGGAGGUGUCCUGAACUCGGCAUCGGCCAACGCAGCUAAUCAUCCAGAGGUUUCCAUAGCAACCUCCUCCCAGGCAACCACUACCACAACCACUACAUCAUCAGCAGUGGCAGCACUGACUGUCUCAACACUUGGUGGGACAGCAGUGGUGUCAAUGGCAGAAACAUUGCUGAAUGUAUCUAAUAAUGCUGGGAACACACCUGGUCCAGCUAAACUCAACAGUAACUCUGUGGUGCCACAGCUACUUAACCCUCUACUGGGGACAGGUCUGCUUGGUGACAUGUCCUCAAUAAACAAUACUUUGAAUAACCAUCAACUGACUCAUCUACAGUCGCUGUUAAACAACAAUCAGAUGUUUCCUCCAAAUCAGCAACAGCAGCUUCUGCAGGGGCACCAGAAUCUGCAGGCCUACCCGGGACAGUCCACAGUCCCUUGCCCAGCUAACAAUAACCCCAUGGCUUGUCUGUUUCAGAACUUUCAGGUGAGAAUGCAGGAAGAUGCAGCUCUCCUGAACAAAAGAAUAAGCACUCAGCAGGGGCUCACAGCACUUCCUGAGAAUCUGAACACAGCACUGCCCCCUUUCCAAGAUGCAUCCUGUGAGUUGCAACCAAGGAUUGACCCAACUCUUGGUCAGCAAGUGAAGGAUGGCCUCGUUGUGGGUGGCCAAGGUGAUGCUUCCGUGGAUGCCAUUUACAAAGCAGUUGUUGAUGCAGCCAGCAAAGGAAUGCAGGUUGUCAUCACCACCGCCGUCAACAGUACAACUCAGAUAAGCCCCAUUCCAGCUCUGAGUGCCAUGAGUGCCUUCACUGCCUCGAUCGGUGACCCAUUAAGUCUCCCCAGUGCUGUCAGUGCGGUCAUUCAUGGACGGAACAUGGGCAGUGUUGACCAUGAUGGUAGGCUGAGGAAUGCAAGAGGGGCUCGGCUGCCCAGGAAUCUGGACCAUGGGAAGAACUCAAAUGAAGGAGAUGCAUUUGAAUAUUUCAAGGCAGCCAGUUGCCACACAUCCAAAAAACAGUGGGAUGGAGAACAAAGCCCUGGAGGGGAGCGAAGCAGAUGGAAGUGUGAGGAGUUUUUAGACCAUUCAGGCCAUAUCCAUAGCAGUCCUUGUCACGAAAGGCCCAACAAUGUCUCUACACUGCCAUUUCUGCCCGGGGAACAGCACCCAAUACUGUUACCACCAAGAAACUGUCAGGGGGAUAAAAUUCUGGAGGAAAAUUUCAGGUAUAAUAACUACAAAAGAACUAUGAUGAGUUUUAAGGAGAGACUAGAGAACACUGUGGAGAGAUGUGCACACAUUAAUGGGAACAGGCCUCGACAGAGUCGGGGCUUCGGAGAGCUGCUGAGCACCACAAGGCGGGACCUGGUCCUAGAGGAGCAAUCUCCGAGCUCCUCACACAGUUUGGAAAGUUCUCUGGUCAAAGACUAUGUCCAUUACAAUGGAGACUUUAAUGCCAAAAGCAUUAAUGGGUGUGUGCCUAGCCCUUCAGACGCUAAAAGCAUUAGUAGUGAAGAUGACCUAAGGAAUCCAGACUCCCCCUCUUCCAACGAGUUGAUACAUUAUAGGCCAAGGACGUUCAAUGUCGGCGACUUGGUCUGGGGCCAAAUCAAAGGACUUACUUCCUGGCCUGGAAAAUUAGUAAGAGAAGACGACGUUCACAAUUCAUGUCAACAAAGCCCCGAGGAAGGGAAGGUGGAGCCCGAGAAGUUGAAGACACUAACAGAAGGUUUGGAAGCCUACAGCAGAGCCCGAAAGAGGAACAGAAAAAGUGGAAAGCUAAAUAACCAUUUAGAAGCUGCUAUUCAUGAGGCCAUGAGUGAACUGGACAAAAUGUCUGGGACUGUUCACCAAAUUCCACAGGGAGACAGACAAAUGAGACCCCCCAAACCCAAGAGGAGGAAGAUCUCCAGAUAACAGGGGCUACUCCACCAAUGUGCAAUGUUUAUUAAAGGAAUGUGCACAGAUGUAUCUAUAUAUAUAGGUAUUGAUAUAGCCACUGUUAUAUCAAUAUUUAUACUAUGGCAGAUGGCUACCACCACCACAGGGUGCUAACAGAAACAGCGAUACAGUAUUUUUUUGAUCAGGAAGGAUAAUGAAUACUGGAAAACAAAUCGAAAUCCUUGAAUGAUGAAAGUGAUGAAUGGUCAAGAGCUUACUGAGAAACUUUUUCUAUAAUACUAAAAUUGUGAUUAUAAGAAAUAGUCCAAAUGUUUCUGAAGAAUUUUCAAUGUUGUAUAUAGAAAAUACAGAAUUUCAUGGUGAUAUCCGAAAUGUAAAUAUUGUACAAUGUUGUCAUGUACAAGCGUACCUAAUGCACACUUUAUCUUUUAUUGUACAAAGAAAUAGUGUACAAAAUUCCUUGGUUUCUAUGGAGUACACCUACCAGAGACUACCAGUGUAAAGUGAUAAAUAAAAAUACAACCUAAAUGCUUUUCUAUGAUAAUGUAAAAGAUGCUGUUUUUGUAUAUAACAGCAGAGAAAAGGCAUGAUGAUGUAUUACCUGAAUUAUGACAUACACUGCACACCACUGAGUGUCCAUUUAUAUUGUCUGUUUGGAAUGAACCUUGCCUGGAAGCACUGGACUCAAUUUUGGGUGUCUAGGAAAUCGAAACCUUGCAGAUUUCUAAAGGGAUGAGGGCUCACAGGUCUAAAUUAAGAAUUCAUAAACUGCAACCAUUUGUUGCGUAUUUUUUUUACCUAAGUUUUAAAGUAGAAUAGGUUUUAUAAAAAAAACUUAGAUGGAAUAUUUUACUCAGUCAUUUCUGUAGUUAACGUUUGAUAGCCACCUAUGGAACUGGAUAGCUUAGGCUGCACCACCAUCGAUGAUGUUCAGAGUUGAGGGUUUUUUUUGCAAACAAUACCUGACAAGAUAGAACUUUAUGUUUCCAUACAUGGAAGCAAAAGCCCCACUCUGAAACCAUUGUCAGAGGUAAGGUUGAUUAUAAUUCAGGUUUUUUGUAGUGGCAAAAAUAAAUAUGAAUCAUCAAAGCAAGUUUCAUAUCCAUUCAUCAGUAUUACUUAAACCAGAAGUUAAGGUGGCUUACAAAAUUGUUAGCAAUGGUAAUUUUUUAUCAGUAUUAUGUAACAUAUCAGAUUUAUUUUAUUUAAAGAAUUAUUUAUACCAUUAACAGAUUCUUAUAUAUAUUAAUGUGGCUGAAAUGUGCAGGUUAAAUCUAUUAACCAAAUUAUUUAUAUUAUAUUAAGUAAGAAAAAAAUGUGAAACAAAUGUAGAGAGAAAGUACUACAAGUAUACAAACCUAAAACUGUGAGCCAUUGUAAAGUACAAGGUUAUUAAUAAGAAAUGUAGCACAACAUAAUUUUCCGUCUUUUUUUCACAAUUUUUGUGGUGGUGGUAUAACCCUAUCUCCCAGGCAAUUGAACUAAGUUUCAGGCCUCCAGUCUGACUUCAGUUUAUGGAUUGUCAAAAGAAGGGAUCCAUUGUCCCUUUAUUCUUAGAACCACCAGCCCCCACCCAAACCCUUAAACACCUAGAGAGCACUGCCUUGUUCCCAAGCCGGGGGCUCACUGAGCCACUUAACGCCUGGGUUGCUGGGGGCUCUCCAAUAGCAGGCUCUGGAUCCCCAAAUGCACACCACAUCCCCUACUCCUCCUGUCCCAUGUAGCCCCAAUCUCUUCAGUCCCACGAGGUAGCAGAGUUCUAGUAACUCAGGGCAAAGGAGACCAAGGACAUUCCACCAGUAGGUUUCUUGGGGUCACUGCACAGAGCACUCCACCUGGGCUCACUUUUGAUAGCAACAGCUCUUAGUUCUUCCCCCAGGUCUCUGGUGUCUCUCUGCCCCUUUCACACCCAUUCUCACACCUCCCCCCAAGCCUGAUGGGAAGCAACUGGCUGCCCUGGGCUUCAUGGCCUGGAGGCAGAAACCCUUCCUUCUGGGGGUAGGUUCAUUUUGUCUUUCCUGCAAUGGUGGGAUUCCCUACCCUGUCCUUCAUGCUGUCACCUGAAGUAAUCUUUUGUGUACUUUUGACACAUUUUUGUUGUAAGUUGAUGUGGUUGCUAUGUUUAAGCCAUUAAUGUCCAUUUUUUUGUUUUGCACCAACCUGCUCUUCUACUGUUUUGUCUACAGUUGUUUUUAUUCACAGAUGGUUGCAAAUGUGUGUUUGUUUUAUGAGUGUGUCUACCUAUGUGUGUGUGUUGAUAUGUAGCUUUUCUAGCCUUUUUUGUUUGUUUGUUUCUGGUCAUUAGACUGAGUUUGUGUCUCCUAAGCCUUCAUUUAGUUGUUUUAACCUGAUUAGGUCUGUGCCUCCCCACCAGUGUCGACUUUACAUCAGCAGACCAUGUAAAGUAUGUCUGUGCCCGUGACUUCGCUGGUUGCUUAUGGCUUCGAUGUGAGUGUUAGGUGUUGUGUUUCAGUCCACACGGGGUUUUUUUUCCUCUCUCUUUUACAGUUAUAUGGUUUCAUGUAAGCAGUUAAUGUAAAUAUUGUUAGCAUUACAGGUCAUGCAGUGCUGUAACAUUUUUUUAAAUGUUGCACCUACUUUACCAUUAAAAAGUUGGUCACUCAUACUUGAAUUUUGCCCAUAGAGCCAUUUCUUUCUCUUUGUAUUGAAGCCAAUUCAUUUUUUAAAAAUGAAGGCUAGCCCUACAUUAGCACAUUUUUAAUACCCUGAAAGAAACUUUUUUUCCCUAACAAAUCUGAGAACAGAAACAGAACAAAAAAAUUUUUGCUCCUUUAAAGAACAUACUCGUCUCUCUUGGAAAAAGAAACCUAAUUUUGUUUUGUGUCCCUUAGUCUUAGGAAGCACAGAAGGAGAAUAAACUACACCUUUAAGUGGUUUUUAAAGAUAUUCCCAGCGAGUGAGAAUUAACUAAGCAGCUCUUACUUGAUUUGUCUUAUUUGUGUAGCCUUAAAAGCCAUUAGGGUUUUUAUUUUUUUAAAGAAACAUUUUUGGUUUGUACUUUUCAGUCCCACUGUGAAUGUAAAUGCUUUAAGAAGAAUAUUCAUCCCUGCUGAUAUCAUGGGCCACUUUUAGUCCUGUUUUUGAACCCUGACUUUGAGUCACCUGCUAUGUCUGGUUUUUAAGUAAACGCAACCUCCUUUUUUGAACAUAACACUGCAGAAUUGUGGGAGUAGAGGAGGGCAGUAUUUUCUUACUUUCUGUAAGUUUUAUGAAGAUUCUUCAUUGACUUAUUUAUCCCAUAUGAUGAUUCCUUUUUCGUUUCAAACCAUGAUAACACAUUGUGGUUAACUUUGGUGAUCUGCCCUGUAGUUUGCAAUGUUCCCUUGUAAGUCACAAGCAGUUAUGCAUUGAGAUUUUAAAAUCUAAGAUGCUUAAGAUGUUUGUGACAUUGCUCUUUCUGAAAAGAAAGCCAAGAUUCUAGACCUUACUGAAAAUCUGAUUUCUUGUUUACUUUGCCCACUUCUGCUCAAAUGGUGCAAUGCGAGUUCUCAAGACUUUUCCAUGUAGUGUCUAAAAUGAGUUGUGCAUUACUUAAUUCAUUUGGGGGCUAUGAACAAAUAGUAUCAACCAGCCAGAACUAUAAUAUUGAGCAGUUUGUCUUUUUCUUUUCUUCAUUCUAUCACAUUUGCAUUAGCCAAAGAGAUAAGAACACUAGUAAUUCAUAUGUGUAAACAACCCAGAAGUGAAUAUUAAAUCAGUGAGCCAAAAAGCAAUAAACAACGUAAGCAUGAAAAAUCCUGCUAACAGUGGGGAGUCUGAUAUAGAAAAAAUAUACAAAAAGCAUUAUCUUCAAAUAUGAAAGAUUAAUUUGUAUCUACUGUAAAUAUGUAUUAUCAGCCUUAUCUGCUUUUAUACACACUGUGUGUGUACCUCAGUGACCUUUUAUAAACCAGAAGAAUGGUUGAUUUAAUAAUUUGCUAUGUAAAUACAAAGUUGUCUAUAAAUUGGAAAAUUUGAUGCCAGAUGGCUUCACAAUAUACAAAUGUGUUUUGUAACAUCAUGCCUUUAUGGAUUAAGUAUAAAUACACUUGACUGUCUGUGUAGAAGAGUAGCAAUUUACAUUU